CGAACAAGUAACCAAGGCCUAGUCAUUGUUGCAUCCACCCCUUAGUGGGCGUUGAUAAACGUUACAUAAUAGACCUAGGCUAUAUUGCAAUCGGAGGAUACAACAGUGACCACAACCCAGUCAGCUCCUACGUGGCCGCGUCGAUUGCUGACCAUUUAAUUGCGCUAGGAUCAAAGUCAGAGCUUUUUUCAUACCAUUGCAAUCGAGAAGUUUGCAGAAUGACUCGCCGUGUAGCCGUGAUUGGAGCAGGGUGCUCGGGUCUUGCCUGCAUCAAGACCUGCCUUGACGAGGGUCUGGAGCCCGUCUGCUUUGAGAGCAGCGAUGAUAUCGGCGGUCUGUGGAGAUUUAAGGAGAACCCAGAGCCAAAUAGAGCCAGUAUCUAUCACUCGGUCAUCAUCAAUACCUCCAAGGAGAUGAUGUGCUACAGUGAUUUCCCUAUCCCUGCCGAAUACCCCAACUUCAUGCACAACUCACUCAUCAUGGAGUACUUCAGGAAGUACGCCGAGCACUUCCAGCUCACCAAGCACAUACGCUUCAAGACUACAGUGCUUCAGGUGAAGCAGAGAACUGACUUCUCCCAUUCGGGUCAAUGGGACGUGGAGACGGAGAACAGCGAAGGGAAGCGGCAGAAGCACAUUUUUGAUGCAGUGAUGAUCUGUAUUGGACACCACUGUCAUCCAAACAUGCCCCUGCAAGACUUCCCAGGCAUCGACUCGUUUAAGGGAGUGUACUUCCACAGUCGUGACUACAAGACCCCUGAGCAGUGGAGGAACAAGAAGGUGGUAGUGAUUGGAAUAGGAAACUCGGGAGGAGACAUCGCUGUGGAACUCAGCAGGUUCAGCAAGCAGGUUUACCUGAGCACUCGGAGGGGUGCUUGGAUCCUAAAUCGAGUUGGAGACAAUGGCUGGCCUCUGGAUCUGUCCUUCAACAGGAUCCUCAAUUAUGCGAAAUUGCUCCUCCCAUUUAAUGUCUUCUGCAGCCUGGGGGAGAGAGCUCUCAACCAACGGUUCAACCACAGCUUGUACAAUCUAAAGCCAAAACACAGGUUAUUCAAUCAACAUCCAACCGUCAAUGAUGAUCUGCCCAACCGCAUCCUGUCCGGAACAGUUCAGGUGAAACCCAACAUCCACCGAUUCCAAGGAUCCAGCGUGGAGUUUGACGAUGGCAGUGUUGUCGAGGAUAUUGACCUGGUGGUAUUUGCCACUGGGUACAGCUUUUCAUUUCCGUUUCUCGCCUCCAAUGUGCUGCCAGUCUCUGGGAACAAGGCCUCACUUUAUAAGUACGUGUUCCCUCCGGAUUUGGAGAGGAACACGCUGGCCGUCAUUGGACUCGUGCAGCCGCUGGGAGCCAUCAUGCCCAUCUCUGAGAUCCAGGCCCGGUGGGCCACCCGUGUCUUCAAAGGAUGUUCUAAGUGUCCUUCGGUCGCCGCCAUGCUGAAAGAGGUUGAGUGCAAGCAGGAGACCAUGGCCAGAAGGUACGUAUCCAGUCCAAGGCACACCAUCCAGGUUGACUUUGUCGACUACAUGGAUGAGGUAGCAGACCAGUUUGGGGUGCGACCCAGUAUUCUCAGGCUGUUUCUGACCGACCCCAGAGUGGCACUCAGUGUACUGUUCGGCCCCUCCACCCCCUACCAGUACCGUCUGAGAGGUCCAGGAAAGUGGGCCGGGGCUCGUCAGGCUAUUCUGACACAGUGGGACAGGGUGAUCCAACCCAUGAUGACCAAUGGAUGUAAUCACCCUGAGCCCAAGCGCUCUGUCCUAGUGCCCUUGGUUCUGCUGGCUGCUGCGCUGGGUGUGGCUUCCUAUUAUAACAGGAACAGCCUCCCCUCCAUACUGCAGGACCCGUCUGCACUUCUGGACAGGAUCAAGGGCUUUGUUCCUGCAUGGGUAGCUGGAAGUAGUUCUUAAAGACAAGGUGCAAUGCUCCUCCUAAAAUUUAGGAAGGACGUCAUUAUGGUAAUUCAGGGUUUGUUUGCUAUAUUCUUUAGUCUAUUGGGUUAGGCUGACGUAUCCAUUUUAGAAAAUGAUUGAUUUUAUUCAGCGUCUUUUGUAAAGUUUUUUUAAUGAAUGUCAUGUAAACAAUA